UUUACAUAGUGUUUACAGGUGAAGACAUAAGCAUGAUAUAAUUGGCUUGCUGUGAUGUGUGCAUGUCAGUUCUUAUGCAUUUAUGAUAGCUAAUCAGGCUUAGUGAAGCUGGGUCAACACACUUUAGUGUGUGUGUGUGUGAGUAUCUGUAGCAGCAAGGUGGGUCAGCAUUGAGGGGCAUGUGUGUGUACACUUCUCCUCACUUUACUGCACUCAUCAACUCUUGAAAAAUUACAUGGGAUUUACAGCUUCACUUUUCAUCAUAAUCAGUAAGGAUGAUACCCACCUUGAUCCCGAACAUACCAGUACCCCGGCCAUCAUAUUCCCAGGCCAGGGAAAAUCUGGUGAAGGCUAUCCCACCCAAGCUCCUUUGUCUGCUGGCCUGUGGAGGACUAGACUGUCGCUAUGAAGGACCAGAGUGUUGGAAACAAAAUCAGCAGGUCAUCCGAGGUGUUUACUCCUCCUGGGUGACAGAUGACAUUAUUGCCAUGGCAAGGCCGUCAAAUUGUCUGAUAGAAACGUACAAGAUUAUAAACCAAUUUCAAAGGUUGAACAUCAAGUCAAUCAUCAACAUGCAGCUGCCAGGGGAGCAUGCUCACUGUGGACCACCACUGGACCUUCAAAGUGGUUUCACCUACUCUCCACAGACCUUCAUGGAGAAUGACAUUUACUUUUACAACUUUGGGAUGCCAGAUUUCGGUGUGUCCUCCCUCGUCGGUGUAAUCGAUGCAGUGAAGGUUCUGGCCUUUGCGGUGAGGGAGGGAAGAGUGGCUGUGCACUGCCAUGCAGGCCUUGGCAGGACAGGUGUCCUGAUAGCCUGUUAUCUGAUCUACACACUGCGCAUCAGCCCGAGUGAGGCUGUCCACUACGUGCGGAUAAAACGCCCCCGCUCUAUCCAAACCCGGGCACAGAUUAGCCAGGUGUUUGACUUUGCUCGCCUGCUUAGCACGCAGCUGGUCCAAUAUCCGGACCUCGGCCUGCGGCAUGGAGUCCCCUUCACCCUGCAGCACUACCUAAACCGCCAAGCCCUGCUGCUGCACGGCCAGGAGGCACGCACACUCAGACACACACCUAAGGUGGUGUACCUCCUGUGUGUGCGUCUCUGCUGCUUGGCCCUCGGCCUCCCUGCUCCUUCAGCGGUCCACGCUGAACUGGAAAAGAGGUCAGCACUGAGGUCCCUAGGCCGGAUCGUGAGGGAGACCCUGGUAGCCAAACAGCACCUGCCCUUACUAAGGGAGGGUCAUCAAGGCUUGUGGGUGGACGCAGAUUCAGUUUCAUCGUGGAACGAGCCACUGGGAUUCUUCGAGAGGAAGAGAGAGGCGUUAUUCGACAAACGCAGCUACAGUGACUCUGACCUCAGCAAGAUCGCAGUGAACGAGUAUCUGGAGAUGGGUCCAUUCUGCACCCCAGCACUUGGACAUGUGAAACACUGGCAUUUACAAGUCCUAAUAAGACCUGAUCUGAGAUCAGCAAAUCUGAUCCUUUCACCAAGCCACCACAUCACCAAAAAGGAAUCUCAUGAAGGACAAAUCCCUAUUUCAAGCACAAGAAAAAGCUGUGCUAAGAGGUCAACCUGUCCAGCUAAAGAGCUUCUUUCUAAAUCCAGCUCCUACAUUGAGCUGUGCAGAAACUCCCAUAAUCCAGGCUCGACCUCGGCUGUCCGUGCUGUUGCCAAAGCAAUGGCCGAACCAGCUCCUCCAGGGGAAACCAUCCUGCAAAGAUCAGCUCUGCUGCAGGAAGAGCUGAACAGCAGCGACUCUGGCUGGGCUCUGCUGGUCACCGAGUCAGAUCCUCAUGUUCUCAGUUGUCUGUUAUGGACCUGGUUGGAAAGGCUGAGGGAGCCAGUUCUGAGAGCAGAGGAUGUAGACAGGCUGAGUCGAGGAGCAGACAACCCGAAGCCUCUCAGUGUGCUAAAGAAGCCACAGAGACACACCAUCUACUGUCUGCUGAGCUGUGUGAGUACAGUGAGCAGGUUUUGUCCACACAGAGAGGAUGCAUUGCUGUCAAGACUGAUGAGGACACUAACACGGCGCCCCCAAGAGGAAAUGGAAAGCCUUUCAACCCUGAUGAAAGUCCUGAAGGCGAGUUUGAGAGAAACCUACCGCAACCAUAGAAACCUCACCAGAACCUGCAGCACCAAUGCCACACUUUGAAGCGCUGCACUGAAAAUAAAAUAAAAUAAAUAAAUAACAAAACCGUUUUUAUUUUAUGUAAGUGAUAUUUAAUCCUAUGAACAGGAUAGUAGGUGAAUUAGUAAUUUAGUAUUUAUAUAUACCCUCUAUGUAUUCUAAGUAGGUGUAAAGGUUGGGACCCUCAUACUGUUCCCUUGAAUUUCCCGUGUUGAAUGUUAAACGAUUACUCAAAAUACAGUGCUCUAAUUCAAUUUCAUUUUGACACUCAUACAGUUUUUAAUGUUCAGUACAACUUUAGUUUGAUGUAAACUUAAAUUAAGACUCUGUUUGGACCUAAUAAGUUAUUGUAGCUUACGAGCUACAAGAACUUAUUAGGUCCAAACAGAGUCUGUUUCAGCCUUUCAA